GUUAUCGUCAGUCCGUCGCCAACCUCGACGCCGGCAACAGAUCCCCCUUCCCCGUCUUCAAAAAUAAAGAUAUCGACUAUUUAAAAAAACAAAAAAAUUAUUUGACUCUUCAUUUCUCUCCCAGCCGACAGUUUUUCUCUUUUUUUAGACUAUAAAAGACAAUCAAGUGAGAGUUUGUUUUGAGACACUGGUGAUCCAUUUGAUUAUGAAUUUGUGCUGAAUUGGUUUUUCCCGCCAUGAAUUCCAUUCGACUAUUGGCGCUCGUUUGUUUCGUCACAUGGCGGGCCGUUCAAACUGUCCAAGCUUUCGGGAUGAUGACACCGUCGUUCGCCGAGAACGUGCCCAACAUUACGGUUGUCGCCGGCAAGGACGUCGUUCUGCCCUGCAUCGUCGACAAUUUAGAACAUUUCAAAGUGGCGUGGGUACGAGUCGACACUCAAACCAUUUUAACAAUUCAUACCAAGGUAAUCUCGCGCAAUCCGAGAGUUGGCCUAGCCCAAAGCAGCAAACGUCACUGGUAUUUACGACUGAAGAACGUGGAGCCGAGCGACCGCGGCUACUACAUGUGUCAGAUCAACACGGACCCGAUGGAACACAGCAAAGGCUAUCUGGAAGUCCUGGUGCCUCCUAAUAUCGUUGACAGCGGGACGACGGAUGGGGUUGUGGCUCGCGAGGGAUCCAAUGUCAGUCUGUCUUGCCGGGCCACCGGUCACCCGGAACCCAACAUCACCUGGAAACGGGAAGACGGCUCGGAAUUCAUCUACAACGGAGUUGCAGUCUCGGCAGUCGAGAGCGAGGUGCUGCAAUUGACCAAAGCCAGCCGGCUUCACAUGGGCCCUUAUCUUUGCAUAGCAUCCAACGGGGUGCCACCCUCGGUGUCUCAAAGAAUUCCGCUGAAAAUUCAAUUUCCGCCGAUGUUGUGGAUCCCCAAUCAACAAGAAUUGGCCUACAACGGGCAGGACGUCGUCCUCGUGUGCCACAUCGAAGCCUAUCCGAAAUCGAUCAAUUACUGGACGACGGCCAAAGGCGAUAUGAUCAUUUCAGGUGACAAGUACGAAGCGGUUUCGUCGGACGAUUCCUAUCGCGUCUACAUGAGACUCAAGAUCCGCUCGGUCGGAUUGGCCGAUUUCGGGGCUUACAAAUGCGUGGCAAAGAAUUCACUCGGCGAAACGGACGGCACCAUCAAACUCUACGAGAUCCCCAAUCCGCACACAACUUUCGGCGUCACCACCACCACAACCUACAGGCAAACGACGACAGAACCGGCCAUCCGACACGCCAAAAAGAAAGAGCGGAAAAGAGCUAAACCGAAUAAAGGGAAUAACAACAAUUCGCCCGCCAUUCAGAACGAAGUCACCGACGAUAACAAUCAUGGUGACGUUGUGGAAGAUGAAGCUCCGCAACCAACGACCGGACCCACUUACUACGGAACUAUCGACUCGCGGGAGCAGCCCAGCAGCUCGUUUGCAAUGUCAACCUCGUUAAAAUCGCGUCAAUGUUGUGUCUCAAAUAUUCUCAUCUGUUGCGUCGCUUAUUGUUUCGUCGUUCAUCAAUUUAUCGCAAGUUUCUCUGUAUAAAAACAACAACCAAAACAAACAACAACCCAAAAAACAUUUCCCUGUCGAAGAAGAUGAAAGAUGGUCACGAGUUCCUGUUUAUAUUAUAAAAUUAUAUACGAUAUAUCAUCCCUUCUCUCUCUCUCUCUCUUCUUUAUUGCCCUUACGUAAUUAAUUAAAAUUAUCCGCCGCCAUUCGAUAAGAAAGAAAAAAAAAUUUUCGUGAAACAUUUCAUUGUUUUUCAUUCCCUUAUUCCAUUGAUCAUUUUCUUGUUUGAAUCAACGGACACGUUUGAAAAAGAAGAAAAACCAAACAAAAAAAAAACAAUCAUUUUGAUGCUGCCAACCGAAAUGUUUGUGUGUGUGAACAAAAUCAUGACGUAAAACAAAAACAAAAGGAUCAACACGCCUUUUCUCAAUUCCGUUUUCUUUUCUUGGGUGGUGGUGAGUGGGGGGAGAACGAAGUUGUUGUAAAAGAAAAACUGAACAGGAAAAUAUCAUCAUCCGCCAGAACAAAUAAUUUUCUGUUGUUGUGUGUGUGUGUGUGUGUGUGUGAUGUACAUAUUAUAACUAAUAUAUCAUAGUGUGUGGGCU